AUGGUGCGGCACAAGGACAGGGCGGAUCGAGCAACCGUCGAGGGGGUUCUUGAUCCACGCACGAGAAGAAUUCUGGACAGACUGAUGUCCAACGGAUAUCUGCACAGCAUGCAAGGAUGUAUCAGCACAGGGAAGGAGGCGAACGUGUAUCAUGAGGAGGAGGAGGAGGAGCUGGAGGUAGCAAUUAAGAUCUUCAAGACCUCGAUCCUCGUCUUCAAGGACAGGGAGAAGUACGUCAUGGGGGAUUACCGCUUCCGCAAGGGCUACUCCAAGAACCCAAGGAGAAUGGUUAGCCUGUGGGCGGAGAAGGAGUUCCGAAAUUUGAAGAGGAUGUACCUGGCUGGGGUCCCUUGCCCUCGUCCCCUCCUCUUCAGAUCCCACGUCCUCAUCAUGGAGUUCCUGGGGGAGGGAGGGGAAGCGGCGCCGAAGCUGAAGGAUGUGAAGCUUGACGGGCAGUCAUGGCAGGAGAGCUACAGGCAGACGUUCCUGAUUAUGCGCCUGCUCUUCCACGACUGCAAGCUCGUCCAUGGGGAUCUGAGCGAGUACAACCUGGUGUACGUGAGGAGGAAGGUGAUGGUCAUCGACGUCGGGCAGUCCGUGGGACCAGACCAUCCCUGCUCGCUGGAGUUCCUGCGCAAGGACGCGGUCAACGUGCGGAACUUCUUCUCCUCCAAGGGGAUCCCGGUGCUUCCCCUCCGCUCCUUCUUCGAGCUCGUCGUCUCUCCCAGCUUGUCCGAGGAAACAGAAGAAGCUGCGAAGGAGGAAGAGACGGAUCAGCAGAGGUCAGGCCAGCCGCUGACACGUACGGAAGAGGCUGAGCACGACGUGGAGGAAGGAGUGUUCCUCUGCUCCUCUUUCCCGCAGAGGCUAGCAGACUUCAAGGACGCUGAGCGAGAGAUCGAGAAACUUGCAGAGGGCCGGGAGGGUCAAGACUUCCGCAACUACGGGGUCAUGACUGGGAUG